AUGAAUGAAAUGGAUGGAGGAAAUCAGUCUAUAGUGUCAGAAUUUCUGCUUCUUGGACUUAGUCAUUCACCAAAUAUUCAGAUUUUACUCUUCAUAGUAUUCUUAAUGCUUUAUCUCAUCAUUGUACCAGGAAAUAUUAUCAUCAUAACCUUAGUCGUCACUGACCCCCAUCUCCAUACACCUAUGUACUUCUUGUUGGCAAACCUGUCCUUUGUUGACAUGUGGCUCUCCACAAACACCACACCGAAGAUGAUCAUAGACUUUCUCAGGAAGAACAAGACCAUUUCCUUUGCAGGCUGCAUGUCCCAGAUCUUCUUCUCCCAAUUCAUUGCAGCACUUGAGAUGGUACUUCUGGUGGUCAUGGCCUAUGACCGCUAUGUGGCCAUCUGCAAACCACUGCACUACUUCACAAUCAUGGGCCUGCAAAGGUGCAUUGGGCUGGUGGUGAGUGCCUGGGCCAUUGGCCUUGUGCAUGCCAUGAGUCAGCUUAUUGUGAUUGUACCUCUGCCUUUCUGUGGCCCCCAAGAAAUAGACAGCUUCUUCUGUGACAGACCACUGGUGAUCAAGUUGGCCUGCAUGGAUCUCUAUAAGAUAGAAAUUUUCAUGAAUGUUAACUGUGGGAUUGUGGCUGUCAUUCCCUUCAUUCUCUUGUUGAUAUCCUACUCACAUAUUCUUCUCACUGUCUUGAGAAGCUCUAAAGUUGGUGCAUCCAAGGCCCUGUCCACCUGUUCUGCCCACAUCACAGUGGUGCUGCUCUUCUUUGGACCCUGCAUCUUCCUCUAUGUGUGGCCACUCAACAUCACCUGGAUGGACAAGUUCCUUGCUGUGUUUUACUCUGUAUUUACACCUUUUCUUAAUCCAACCAUUUACACGCUGAGAAAUAAAGAGAUGAAAAAUGCUGUGGAGAGACUCAGAAAGUACUGCAUAGAUUCCAAGGGAAACAAUCUCAAAACACAGUGA